GACAUUUAGUCUCAGAUGAAAAUGAAACGGAACGUUGCCGUCGUCGGAAUUCAGGAACAUUGAAGUGAUUUUGUUUAUUUUAUUUCAUUAUAUCGUCGUAAAUACUAAAAUAUGAAAGCAGUUAGGGUCGUUAGACGGUUUUGUGGACCUUCUACCACCAGUAUAGGCAUACGUUGCUGUCAAAACGUAGAAAAAAUACAAGUAAGACACAGUGCCACUGUAGGACGUGCGAAAUAUCAGGUAUUCGCGCCAGUAACCGUGAACUUUCGGAAUUUAGGACUAGGACCAACUUCAAAGGACUUCGAGGAACCAACACAAAUAUCUGGACCACUUACUAAGGCUUACGCGACAGAGCUCGUUUUACAUCUCAACGAUGAAGAAAGAAAAAUGUUGUUUAGUGCUUUACAGGAGUAUGAAUCUAACAGAAUUAAGGAAGAAUUUGAGGAUAAGCUAGCUGGUCAGAGAUGGAGAAGUAAAUUUGGAAGGCCCAGCAAAGUGCCAACACUAGGUGAUGUCGACCCCACCGGCAGCUACUGCCCCGUGCCGGAGGACUGGCUCAAGAAAAAGUAUGCUGCGACAGUCCCAAAACCUACAACCAGGGAACUGCUCCACUUAUCCCUGGUUAACUCAAUACCUUUCAUUGGGUUUGGUUUUCUGGAUAAUUUCAUCAUGAUAAUAGCUGGCGACAGCAUCGAGAGCAGCAUGAGCGCGUACAUCACGUUGUCGACGAUGGCGGCGGCGGCGCUCGGCAACACGUUCAGCGACGUCAUCGGCAUCGGCUCGUCGUACUACGUGGAGCGCGCGGCCGCCACGCUGGGGCUCGGCGCGCCCGCGCUGUCGCCCGUGCAGCUCGACAUGCCCAUCAGCAGGCGCUUCUCCAACGUCGGUCGUGUGCUCGGCAUCACGCUGGGCUGCUUCCUGGGCAUGAUCCCGCUGCUCUUCAAGGAUGACGAAAAGAAACCUGAUAAGUAGAACCCUUAAAUGCAAUGCAACUACGUAUUAUCUACAACUAAUCACCUCGUACUGAUAUUUUAUAUCGAUUUCUUCUUUGAUUCGAAACGAUUAUUUCGAUUUUAGUUUUAGGAUUGUUUUUAUUUUUUUUUUAUAUUUUGACUUUUGUUUUAUGCCUAAAAUUAUAGUUUUUAUUUUUAUUGUGAAAAUGAUAUUCGUAUAACACACUAAAGAUACUGCAUUUUAAAGCAUUGUUAAUUAAUUUAAAAAAUCGUGUGGGUCCGUAAUCCCCAAAAAAUCUGCCUGAAUCUGCGCCUGACGUAUUUUUAUUUUCAUAUUACUAAUUACCUCAUUGUAAACAAGAACGAUAUUUCGAAUUUGAUUAAUUUCCUUUUUUUUAUUAAAUAAGAAAUAAUAUAAACACCAAUAUUGCACGAACAAGAGUAAAAAUCAACAGAUAAUGUAAAUCAUUGUAAAAUGAAGAUAUUUAAAUUUAUAAAAGAUAUAAAUCAAAUUAUCCAUGUAACUACCUACUUUUAUUAGUACUUUUCAAUAUCUCGCCGAGUCGAAUGGAACAUAUUACGGCGAUAUACUUAGUUCAAUUGUAAUUCAACUUGCCAUGCAUGGGAUUACAUUGCUAGGAUAAACACAUGUAGUAAGCCACGUAUCGCUGGCUAGAAAAAAAUGUGGUAUUCAUAUGUAAAGGUAUAAAUAUAAAUUAAAUUAGAAAAAUUGGAAACUCUUAUGAAAUAUUUGUGCCAUCACUUUUUAAUGUACAUUUGUAGAUAUCUAUGGUACUUAGUUAUAGCUAUUGCACAAAUAUACGGCACAAUCUUUCACCAUAGUACAUAUUUUAUACUUACUGUAAGAAUAAUUAAUCGAAGCACUAUAGGAAAUAUAAUAGGAGUCAAUGACUUCAUAUACUGUGUGUUACAUAACCUGACGUCUAGAUCAAUUGAUGGAUAUGCAAAAUUGCAAUCGGCAAAUUUGCAAAAUUCGUGCAGCCACGGUUUUCCGGGACUAUUUCUAUCCUAUGAUAUUAUACUUGAGACAAUGCGUGACGUUCCCCACGAUGGCAGUCUUAUACCGCUAUAGUAUGUGGCUCGCCACAUACAUAUUCACAUAGAUAUAAGGAUGGGACAACAUGUAGCACUAGUUGCAACUCUGUCUACUCGUUUAGGAACAAAUUUGAGCUUAUGCAAUAUAUUAAAUGUAAGUGAUAUAAAAUGCACCCUACUUUUCCAAAGCACUACCUUCAGAGUCAAUACAAAGUUCAGAAUAAUUAGUAUCAUUUCUACAGGUAUAUUAGAUAGCCAUCUUUUAAAGGCUUUUAAGUUUAAUUAUUUUAUAAAUCUUUUUUUUUAAUUAAGUACAAAGAGGUAUACUGAUCCCGCCCUGCACGUCACAAUCACAAUUAUCAAUAAAUUUUUAACCAAACCAUGUUUUAUUACUUUCUUAUGUGAAAUUAUAAUUUAACAAUUUGUGACUAAACAUGGAUAACAUUAAUCGUUGACUAAAACUGUGUAUAGCUUAUGCCAAUAAUCAUAUUGUAGAAUAUAAGUUUGUAUCAGAUCAUACAUAUUAUCUAGUAUAAAUUGAAUAUUGUUGUUUUUAUAAUUAAUUGUGAUUUAUUUUAUAUUUACAAAAGUACACUGUCUAUUACAAGGGUAUAUCAGCAUAGCAUCAGAAUUCGUUUAACAAUUUGUUUAUAGUGAAACAUAUGCCGUUAUGCUAUAUAACUUUUUUUUAUCGGGGCUCGGCAAAGUGGCUUCACUGCACCUGAUGUUAAGCGUAGUGAAGCCCAUAGAAGGUGCAGACUGGCCAAAAAUACGAGCAUCCCCGGACGGUCGGCACAGUCAUGCCGGCCUGUAUAAUUGCUUCUUCACGCUCUGCUUGAAGGACCUCAAGUUAUAGGAAGGGGGAAUACGUAAUUAUUUAAUGAAAAUGUAUUAUGCAUAAAUAAUUGAAAGCUUAAAAUAUUACCGAAAUUAUUUUAGGGACGAUUUUUCAAUAGUCUGAUAUUUUUUUAAUAAAACCUUCUGAAUUUAACUAGGGUUUCUCCUCUAAAAAAAAACUUAACUAUAAAGGGCUUGUUACACUUCUGAGUAAAUGCUAUUUACCACAUGAAUGUAUAUUGUAUAGACUGACAAAAUAUAUAAGUUAAACUCUAAUCUAUGUUCCAUAAAUAAACGGUAAUCAAAUGAGAACUAUCUACAUUAACUGUUGAAAAUUUACUUUUACAUUGCCAAAACAUGCCCUAAAUAACAGGAUCAGGCCCUAAUCUAACGUCCUAAGGUGACAUGCGGUACCAUAUAAAUGAUAAUAUUAAUGAUUUAUGAUUUUGUGUGAUACUGUUUGUGUUUAUGAGCAGGAGCUAGGUGUAAGCGAAGUGUUUAUUUCGUUAACCGCUAUCCAGUUGUAAUAAACUAAAUCAAAUCAGAUAUUAAAAUAGUAGUAAAGGUCUUCAAAUGAAAGUAUUAAUUGGUCAUCAUCUUAAAAUAUUAAGUAAAAUUAAACAUUUUAAAUAACGCCUCAUUAUAAACAAUUUUCAUUCAUAGUUUGUUACUUGUAUCCACUCUCUUAACAAUCAAAUUCAUGAAUGGUGACGAAAACAUGGACAACAUGUCAGGAAGGCUGCUACGACCUUGUUUGAUGCUUAAUUCAAUAUACGCGAUAUGCAGCUUCCAGUUUCAAAAUCCUAAUAUUGAACCCCUCGCAUCGGAGGCUAUCAAGUAACGCGUAUAUUGAUCUUUGAGGAUGACUACUAUGUAUGAAUAAAAUGUAUAUUUUCAAUGGAAUAUGUUUAGCUGUCCUGUUUAAUGUUCAUUGUAACAAUAGUUUGUAUAUAAAUGUAUUUAUAAUCAUUGUAAUGACUUGUGAUUGAUGUUUGGAAUAUAGUAUUUUAUGGAAAGCUGC